AUGAUGGAAGAUGUAGCAAUAAUUGGAGGGUUGAUAGGGGUUCAACUUGUUUUCGCGGGGAAUGCUGUGCUUUUGAGUUAUCUUAUGUCUUUGGGCAUCAAUUAUCUUACCCUUGUCAUUUUUACUUCCUUUGCCACAUUCCUUGUUCUUCUCCCCGUUGCCUUUUAUUAUGAAAGGUGUAAAUGGCCCAAGAAAGUUAGCUUCAAGUUGCUUAUGCAGCUUCUGUUGCUUUCAUUUGGAGGGGUAACAAUGUUCCAGUCUUUAUUCCUUAAAGGAAUCAAUCUAACCUCGCCAGCAAUGGGAACUGCCAUGCCAAACCUUGCCCCAGGUCUUAUAUUCAUCAUCGCAUGGAUUUUUCGGUUGGAAAAAGUGAAGUUAAGGUGUACAUAUAGUAGAGUAAAAAUCAUUGGCACAUUCCUUUGCGUCUUAGGGGCUCUCACAAUGAGCAUAAUGCAAAGCAUUUCUAAACCUACACCUUUGAACGAGGGAACAAUUCAAUUAUCAUCUGCACCGCCAAAUGUAACCUUUGACAGGCAAAAGUUAAUCGGCUGCCUCUAUCUCUUGGUCGCAGUCCUCAUAUUGUCAUGCAACAUUGUCCUACAGGCUUUUACCCUAGGAGAUUUUCCUGCCCCCGUGUCCCUGUGUGCAUUAACUUCGUUUUUUGGGACCUUCAUGACUGCAGCAGUGAAAUUACUUGAAGAUCACGAAUUCAAAACUGGUUGGCCACUUGUGGGUGUUGGAGAUAUGAUUGGCUAUUCUCUUCUGGCAGGUUCAGUGACUGGAAUAUGCUUAAGCUUCAAUGGUUGGGCACUGGAGAAGAGAGGACCAGUGUUGGUCUCCAUGUUCAGCCCCAUAGGCACAGUCUGCUCUGUCUUUUUCUCGGUUGUUACACUAGGAGACACCAUUAAUAUUGGAAGCUCUGCGGGUAUGCUCCUCAUGUUCACUGGGCUCUACUUUGUGCUUUGGGCCAAAGGGAAAGAAGGCUAUGCAAACGGAGGUGACUUAGACGCAGAGAAGCCUCUCUUAAGUUAA